AUGACACUUCAUCUCAAUCAUAUUCUUUCAGGAUUUCUAACAACAGAAGACGGAGUCAUCCCAGGAAACUUAGGAUUAAAGGAUCAACAUUUUGCUUUUCAGUGGGUUAAAAAUAAUAUCGAUCUAUUUGGUGGGGACCCCGAAAAAAUAACGAUAUCUGGACAGAGUGCUGGAGGGUCAUCUGUGGGAUUACAAUUAGUAAGUCAACGGAAUAAAGGUUUAUUUAGAGGUGCCAUUUUACAAAGUGGUACCUCAUUGGGUCAGGGCGCACAUCAAAACUAUGCAAGAUUCUACGCUUUCGAAUUAGGUCGAAGUUUGGAUCCAAGUUUCACUUCGGAUAAUUCAACGGAAUUACUGGAACUGUUGCAAAGGCAUCCUGCUUCCGACAUAAACGACAAUACAAUUACUGCUGCUGUUGGAAAAGAGACUGGAUUACUGGAAGGCCAAGGUUCAAUAUGGCUGCCUGUAAUUGAAGAUGCUAGUCUAGAAGGAGCACUCCUCACGGGUUUAUUUCAUGAGGACAUCAGAACGGGAAACAUAAACCAAGUUCCCAUAAUUAUUGGAUUUAACUCCGAGGAAGAACUAUCGUUUUUGAAGAGUGGUCCUUCAGUAGUUGAGGUGUAUGCGAAAUAUUUCGACAGUGAUUUAACAAACCUCAUCAGAAACCAGUUCAAUAUGACCAAAGAGAACAAACUGACAGCUGGCACUAGACUGAGACAAAUUUACACCGAUGGAACAUUCGAAGACGAUCCUGGGCAAGUAGUAAAGUUUUUAAGUGAUCACUCGUUUACAACCCCACUUAGUAGGCAUGCAAAGUUACAAUCCAACUAUACCGACGUUUAUAUGUACCAGUUUUCAUACAAAGGCAAUCUGGGAGAUAUGAAGGAUUUUGAAAUUGCAGGUGUUCGAGGUGUUGGUCACGGUGAAGAGUUGGGUUAUUUAUGGGACUCGCACCUUUCUGAUGGAUCAUCAGGAGAUGAUCCAGAAGAUAUUACGACUCGUCACCGUUUGUUAAUCCUGUGGUCAAACUUUGUCAAAUACUUAAACCCAACUCCAGAAGUGGACAGCUUCCUAGGUAACGUGACGUGGGAGAAAGUUAGUCCAAAUAAUUUGGUGUAUUUGAACAUCAACGAUACACUUGAAAUGCAGACGAAUCCUAAAGACUACCUCAAAUGGGAAAGAAUUAUAGACGUGUAUGCUAUAACUCCAUUGGUUAAUUACUAA